AGACCACUAAAACCUGUCCUAAUGCAUGAUGUCUCGCUUGAAUAAUCUAAAGCCACUUACAUUUCGAUGGUUUUUAGUUUCUUAAUGACCCACAAAUCUCACAGAGCAAGCAAAAAUUCAUGAUCUUCCAUGAUGCAGAGGUGGAACAGUCAAAGGAAGAAAACCCAUUUUCCUUUAUUAACAUUGUUCUUCAUCCUCUUCAUAGUGGUUACAAUCCUUCACCAUGAACGUAGCAUUUUGCAAAUUCAGGAAGACAACUCAGGUCAUGCUCAUGACCAUCAACGAACUCCAAUCACUUAUGUAAAGCCUAAUCUUCUAAACCAUGGGAAUCGAGCUACCGAGGUUUUGGAUAGAUUCAGUAGAUGCAACUCCACUAGAGAGUACAGUGGCCGGAAGAUUGCGUGGGCUGACGGUGAACCUAACUCCGGUAACCGGAAAGAGCGUUCGGAAAGCUGUGACGUGUUUUCCGGCAGAUGGGUUUUCGAUAACACUUCAUAUCCGCUGUACAAGGAGCCAGAGUGUCCGUACAUGUCGGACCAGCUGGCUUGUCACAAGCAUGGGAGGUCUGAUUUGGGUUACCAAUAUUGGAGAUGGCAGCCCAAUGAUUGCAAUCUAAAGAGAUGGAAUGUGCAUGAAAUGUGGGAGAAAUUGAGAGGGAAACGGCUAAUGUUUGUAGGGGAUUCAUUAAAUAGAGGGCAAUGGAUAUCAAUGGUAUGUUUGCUACAGUCAGUGAUCCCUGCUGAUAAAAGAUCCAUGUCUCCAAAUGCUCAUCUUACUAUUUUCAGAGCGGAGGAGUACAAUGCAACCGUGGAAUUUCUCUGGGCUCCACUUCUUGUGGAAUCUAAUUCUGAUGACCCUGUGAAUCACAGGUUAGAUGAACGGAUAAUCCGUCCAGAUUCAGUACUUAAGCAUGCCUCAAAAUGGGAGCAUGCUGAUAUACUGGUUUUCAACACAUACCUGUGGUGGAGGCAAGGUCCAGUUAAGCUGUUAUGGAGUGCUGAAGAAAAUAGCAUUUGCGAAGAAUUAGAUGGUCUUGGGGCCAUGGAGUUGGCCAUGGAAGCUUGGGCAGAUUGGGUGGCUAAAAUGAAUUCUCUCAAGAAGCGGGUCUUUUUUGCCACUAUGUCACCUACACAUCUUUGGAGCCGAGAGUGGAAAACUGGAAGCGAAGGGAAUUGUUAUAACCAGAAAAUGCCAAUCGAUAGAGAGGGCUACUGGGGAAGUGGUUCGGACCUGCCUACCAUGCGCAUGGUGGAGAAUGUCCUGAGCAAGUUGGGUUCAAAGGUUUCAGUUAUAAAUAUUACUCAGCUUUCAGAGUAUCGGAAAGAUGGUCAUCCUUCUAUCUACCGGAAGUUUUGGGAGCCACUGAAGCCUGAACAGUUGUCAAAACCUACAACUUAUUCUGAUUGUAUACAUUGGUGUUUGCCUGGUGUGCCUGAUGUGUGGAACGAGUUGCUUUUCCAUUUUUUGUAAAAACAUUUGUCAAGCAUAUUCUUUUAAAGGCUCUUUAUAUGGUUUUAAAGCA